CCGUUUCUCCGUGUGCGCACGCGCCGCUGGAGCCGCCGCCAUCCCCGUCGCCUCCGCGCACUCCGCGUUUUUACCGUCUCCCUAGAGCUUUGCCGUUGGAGGCGGUUGCUGCGGCACCGUAGGCCCCGCGCGGCAGCAAUAUGGAGGAGUUUAAGUCCGAGGAUUUCUCCGUCUCGAAGGAGGACGAGGAUUACGCGCUGUCGGGUGGAGAGUGUCAUGAAGAUGCUGUAAAUGAAUUAGUGAAAGAAGGUGAAAUAGGUGCUGAAGAGGAAACACAGAAAACCAAAGGGACAAAAAGAAAGGCUGAGAGCGUUCUGGCCAGGAAGAGAAAACACAGUGGCCUCUCACUACAACACGAGGACGAGGAGGAUGCCAACAGGGAAUCUGGAGGAAGUAGUAGUGAGAAGGAAGAUGCAGCUGCAGAGCAGGAAAAAGGCGUUGAGUCAGAGGAUGCCAGGGAAAAGGAGGAGGAGGAAAUGUUGGCCAGCUCCGUCAGUGAUGUAGAACCAAAAUCAGAAGUGCCUCCGAGUACACAAGUUAAAACAGGAGAGGAGAAUAAAGAGAUGAGUUCAAGUAAAGUGGUCAAAGCAGAAGAACAAGAGAAACCUAAAGAACCAGAAGAAGUUAAAGUCACCAAGGUGUUUGAUAUUGCUGGUGAAAAAGUCAGGUUUCUCAGGAGACAGGGAAGGCCUGGUAUGUCCCCGGAACAUGAGCCCCCCAGAUCAGAAGGUGGCCAGCAUGCCACUGGGGAAGAGCAGAGGUCAGUUACUAAUACUUCUAAGAAUGAAUCGACUAAGCGAAAGUGGAAACGACGUUCAAAUGUGGUCGUGACUGGUGAAGAAAGUAAACUCCGAUGCUGUAAAGAAGAAUAUUGCAUAGGAACCUGGAAUGUUAGAUCUAUGAAUCCAGGUAAAUUGGAUGUGGUGAAGCAGGAGAUGGAAAGAAUAAACAUCGACAUCUUAGGAAUUAGUGAACUAAAAUGGACGGGAAUGGGCGAAUUGAAUUCAGAUGACCAUUAUAUCUAUUACUGUGGGCAACAGUCUCUUAGAAGAAAUGGAGUAGCUAUCAUAGUUAACAAAAGAGUCCGAAAUGCAGUAAUUGGGUGCAAUCUGAAAAAUGACAGGAUGAUUUCAGUUCGUUUCCAAGGCAAGCCAUUCAACCUCACAGUAAUCCAAGUCUAUGCCCCAACUCCCUAUGCUCCAGAACCUGAAGUUUACCGGUUCUAUGAAGACCUACAACACCUUCUGGAAAUAACACCAAAAAUAGAUGUCCUUUUCAUCAUAGGGGAUUGGAAUGCAAAAGUGGGAAGUCAGGAGAUACCCAGAAUAACAGGAAAAUUUGGCCUCGGGGUACAGAAUGAAGCAGGGCGAAGGCUAAUAGAGUUUUGUUACCAGAACAGGCUGGUCAUAGCAAACACCCUUUUCCAACAACACAAGAGACGACUCUACACAUGGACGUCGCCAGAUGGUCGAUACCGAGAUCAGAUUGAUUAUAUUAUUUGUCGCCAAAGAUGGAGAAGCUCUGUACAGUCAGCAAAAACAAGACCUGGAGCUGACUGUGGCUCAGAUCAUAAGCUCCUUAUUGCAAAGUUCAGGCUUAAGUUGAAGAUAAUACCAAAAACCACCCGGCCAUUCAGGGGGACUAAUGAAGUGGGUGAGACCUCUCAAGAAGCGAAAUCUGCAUUCAAGCAAACUGAAAAGGACAAACCUCAGGCUAAUGUCCCUUCAAAUGAGUCAUCCGUUCCCGGUGGGUCAGGGGUGUCUAAGGAAGUGGGUGAAACAUCUCAGGAAGGGAAAGCUGUCUUCAAGCAAAAUGAGAAAGAAGAACCUCAGUCCAGUGUCCCUUCAGCGGUACUAUCACUUCCUGCUGGCUCAGGGGUGUCUAAGGAAGUGGGUGAAACACCUCAAGAAGGGAAAUCCGUCUUCAAGCAAAAUGAGAAAGAAGAACCUCAGUCCAGUGUCCCUGCAGCGAUGCCAUCACUUCCUGCUGGGUCAGGGCCUGAAAACUGUGACCUUCAAAAGAACCAGGAUUGCAGCAAUUAAGUAUCUGACUUUAUCCUUAACCACCUGAACUGAGAAGACUCUUGAGAAUGCUUGGAGUGCAAGGAGAUCAAACCAGUUAAUCCAAAAGGAAAUCAACUGUGAAUAUUCAUUGGAAGGACCAUUGCUGAAGUGAAGCUCCAAUACUUUGAAAAGAUUACUCAUUGGAAAAGACUGAGAUACUGGGAAGAAUUGAAGGCAAUAGAAGAAUGUGCCGGCAGAGGAUGAGAUAGUUAGAUAGCAUCAUCAACUCAGUACACAUGAAUUUGAGCAAAUAUCAGGAGAUACAGUGGAGGACAGAGGAGCCUGGUGUGCUUCAGUCCAUGGGGUCACAAGAAGCUGUAAAAUGUUUUUGUAUUUCCUUUAGGUUCUACUUACUAGUUUAUAGUAAAAUUCUCUUCCAAAGAUCUGAUUAAACACUGCUUACAUCUUGAGUCUCAUUAAUUCAGCUUUCAGGGCUAUAUGUUAACAUCAAAAGUUUUUGUAUUUCACACUGGGAUAGCAGAAAACUGGUAACAGUUUGUGAAGAAAGAAAAAGUAUUAUUUCAGUAGUAGGUCCACAUGAGAGGCUCUAAGGUUGGCUCAGUAUUCUGUGACAUCAUAAAUCUUUUUCUGCUCUGCCACUUUCAGCAAAUUGGAUGGUUCAAUUUGGUUGCUUAUCCCAUGGUUACAAGGAAACAUUUUCAGUUCCAGGCAGUGCAGAUAGACAGUGUCUGGCAGGAUACUACCCUUUGAUUCUCUGUUGUUUUUUUUUCUUGUUUUAGGUAUACUGUAAAGUGCACAAAUCUUAAAUGUAUAGCUUGAUGAAAUUUUACUCAUGUGAAGUGGUAGCACUUUGAUCAAGAUACAGAAUGUCUCUAGCACCCCAGUAGGAUGCAGAGUUCAGCCAGAAGCCUCAAUAUUGUGUUUCCCAACAGGAUCUUUUUGUUUCUAAAAAGGUGAUGACCCAAGAUUGGACAGGUGUAUGGUGGAUGAGAUGGUAAAGAUGUUGAGUUUGGUAGGAAGGGCUCCAUAAAUUGUUGCCAAGACAACAGGGUAAUAGUGAACCAGGAAACCUGUAGGGGGUUGGGAUUUGUAUUUUUCCCACCUGGAGACAUUUGUCUAAAGGGAUUCCUCAGUUUGGGCCUAUUUCUGCUUGGUGGGAUUAUGUGCCCUGUGUUGGCAGAGUCUCUGAUUUCUAAAAGGAAGUUGGAAAUCUAGAUUAUUGGAAAACUCUCAUCUUUUAAAUGCUUAUAUAUUGAGUAUUCCCCACAACACAACAGUAGGAACCAGUUCCAGUCUAUAAGGCCGCCACACAUACUCAAUUAGUGGAAAUACAGGGUUGGGUACCUGUGGGACUCUGGACUUAAUAUAUUUGUCAACUGAUCAGUACAUAAUCUUGUUUUAUGUGUGUUUCUGUUCAAAGAUAUUGUAUUUAAUGAUCUUUGUAACAAAUCAUGAUAUGCAGUAUAUGCAUGCAUUCUAAGUCGCUUCAUUUGUGUCCGACUCUUUGUGACCCUGUAGGCUGUAGCCUGCCAGCAUCUUCUGCCCAUGGGAUUUCCCAGGCAAGAAUACUGGAGUGGGUUGCCAUUUCCUCCUCCAUGAGGAUCUUCCCAACCCAGGAAUCAAACCCAUGUUUCUUGUGUCUCCUGCAUUGGCAGGCAGACUCUUCACUACUAGUGCCACCUGGGAAGCCUCAUGCUAUAUAUGUAUAAUGAAACAGUUGUUUGAAUGACAGCAAUGUUAAUGUACAACUGAGACUACUACUUUCUUUGCCUCAGUUUUACACACACAAACUACAAACAUACACUACACAUUAAAAGUACUCACUGUAAACAUAAGUAUUCAUAUAGAGACAUAGUAUAGUCUGUACAGCAAUGCAGGUAAAGUCUUGGAAAGGGAAAGAUUGAGCAUUUAACGUUUCAUAAAGCAUUACCUAACAUUUUCCUGUUGAUGGAGCUGCAGGCUGCAUGAUGAUACAACGCACAGUGUGGGCAAACCUUUCGACCUUGGCUUACCCCACCAAAACCAAGGAAGAGGUUGGUGGAACUCAUUCUGCAGAUGAUGGAGAGAGUGGGAGGUUUACAUCUAUCAGUUCACCCUCAGAGGUCUGGUUCUCACUACUUAUUGAGUGGAGAAACAGCUCCAGAAAGAAGAAUGUGGAAAAAAAAAAAAAGAAGAAUGUGGGCAAAAGCGGAAACGUCACUCAGUUGUGGAUGUGUCUGGUGGUAAAAGUAAAGUGAUGCUAUAAAGAACAAUAUUGCAUAUUUACCUUGAAUGUUAGAUCCUUGAAUCAAGGUAAAUUGGACAUGGUCAAGCAGGUAUGACAAGGUUAAAGACUGACAGUUUUAGGAAUUAGUGAACAAAAAUGGACAGAAAUGGGAGAAUUCAGAUGACCAUUAUGUUUACUAUAGGUAGAUAUCCCUUAGAGGAAAUGGAGUAGCCCUCAUAGUCAACAAGAGUCGGAAAUGCAGUACUUGGGUGAAAUCUCAAAAACAACAGAAUGACCUCAGUUUAUUUCAAGGCAAACCAGUCAGCUUCACAGUAAUCCAAGUCUACACCCCAACCACUAAUGCCGAAGAAGCUGAAUGACUAUGAAGACCUACAAGACCUUCUGGAACUAACACCAAAAAAUCCUUCCUAUCAUAGGGGAUUGGAGUGCAAAAGUAGGAAGUUGAGAGAGAACCUGGAGUACACAGGCAAGUUUGGCCUCGGAGUACAAAUGAAGCGGGGCAAAGGCUAACAGCAGGAGGAGACAGGGGCGACAGACAUGGUUGGAUGGCAUCACUGACAGUGAAUGAGAGUGAGCAAACUCCAGGAGAUAGUCAAGGACAGGGAAGCCUGGCAUGUUGCAUCAGUAGGUGGAACUGAUUCUGCAGAUGAGGAAGAGGUUGACAGUCUGACAUCUGUUAGUUUAACCUCAGAGGUUUGGCUCUCACUUGUUGAUGUAGUUGGCACUUUCCCCUCCUGAAGUAGCUCUGGAAACUGGGCCGGUCCUGUCUGCCUGGCUUUUUGCCUCACAUCUUUAAGCAUCUCAUCAUAAGGGGCAGACACACCAGAAGUUAAUGAUUUAAAUUUGAGGCUUCGAUCAAGGAUAGGGUUACACCCUUCCAUGUCACUGAAAAUUUGUUUCAAGGCAGAGUUCCAUUCUGUUAUUUUGGCUGCUGUAAGAGGGACAAUUCCUGGACUCUUCUGCUGACUAUCAUCACUGUCUAUUGCUUUCUCUGCCAAAAUUUCCUCCACAUCCUUCUUCAUGUCACCAAAGCCUUCACUUAUUUGCUGUGCAGCAUGCAUUAUGUUUUUGACACUGUUCUUUAUUUCUGCAGCACCUUCAAAGCCUUCAAAAUUUUCCACACAGCCUGGCCAAACAUUUUUCCAACAGUUACAGGCUCUGCUUGAUGUCCCAGGCUGUGCCAACAUAAUCACAUUGGGUAUAGUGACUGACUUCCAAUAGUUCGUCCAUCAUGGUAGUUUCCUUGUUGACUUUGAGAGCCUUGAAAGCCUUGUUAUAAAGCUCCCUUGUAUACUGUGCCUUGAAGACAUUUAUUAUGCCCUGAUCCAGGGGCUGGAUGAGAGACUUAGUAUUUGGGGGCGUGAAAAGAACUCCUACAUAGGGGUCGGCAUUUUUGAGUUCUUCACAGCAGUGGACUGGGGCAUUAUCCAAAAUUUAACAAAAUCUUGAAGGUGAAGUUUCUGCCCUAGAGAUAGUAUUCAACUUCUGGUAUGAAACAGCUGUGGAAACCAGUCAGGUGUCUUCCAACCUUUGUUCCACCUCCAGUGGACUGGCAAAUGGUUCACACUUUUCUGGUUAAGGUUAAGUGUUUGUUAACUUGAAGCUCUGUACACCAGUAGGGGUUUGCACUUGAAGUUGCCCUUGUACUCCAUGUCCAAAGAAGCUGCAACCAGACAGCAGGGGUUAUGCAAUCAUGAUAAAAUCAGAUUCCACACCCGCCAGGUGAGUGACCCAGAAACUGGAAAACAGUAAUACCAAAAAUGUUCUCCCACUAUUGUGAAGGUUCUGAGCCCCACAGCAGGCUUCCCAGAGAGGGGAUCCGGCCAAGGGACUGGGUAUCCCCAGGGAAUCUGACUUGAAAGCGACCUGGAUUUGAUUACAGAACUUAACCUUAAAUAUAAACUGUAGUUAUCUUAGAUGUAAAUAGGUUAAAUACACUAACCAAAAAAUAGAGACUGGAUGGUUGGAUGAAAACGUGCAUGUGAACCUCCACUUAACAUCACUCUACUAAAACCCCCAAAUUGUAUGUAAUUAUUUUAUAUUGUUGCAUUAAUUGUUUCCAUUAUGGCUUGCAAUUCUUAAGUAUCCUUUUUUGUAUGGCUAUUGAUUUUGAAAACUGAAAAACAGCUUUUACUAUUGUGAUUAUGUAACUAAUUUGCUUCAUACCAUUGAAUUGUGAUUGGUCAACAGAAAAUAAUAGAAUUCUUUAUCACUGAAACUACCAUUUGACAGAGAAAUGUGAAAUCACUUUU